GACUGUGUGGCUGUGUAGUGUGCAGUGAUGAGGAUCUUCCAGUUCUGUCUAGUGUUAAUGUUUAGGAAUUUGAGCUCAGCUUUACAUUUCUGCUGUAGCGUCAGCGGGUGGGCGCGCGCACGGUGGCGGCGGAGGCGGCGCGGCGCGAGCGCCCGCGAUUAUAAGCGGUCGCCGACGCCCGAGGAUCAUGCGCGCAGUCCCAUCGCGCCGCGCAGCAAGACCGCGCGCAUUAUGCUCAACAUGAAGCUAAAGGAGCGCCUUGCGCUCGCAAUCAGCGCCUUCCUCGUACUCUUCACGCUGAUGCUGAUAGUGGAUAUACAAAUGGACUAUGGCAAUUUUGCUAACAAAGUACCACUGCCCCUACACGCUCGUGUCCAUUCUGGAGACCUAGAAGAUAAAGGCCGGUCAGCAUAUAUAGAAUUUCGGAAGCGGUUCCUUCAAAAAAGCAAUGGCAGCAAUGGUUCUCGAGAAUACGAGCAGUCAGCGCCUGGCGAGACAAGUGGAGGGGGGACUGAUGCUGAGCCUAGGACGCCAGCGCCCCCUACCGACCGCUACGAAGACCUGCAGAAAAUCAUAUUCAGUCAACUGCAGGGCAAGGCUGAGGAUCACACGGUAGUCAUACCUCCACAUCGGGAUCUCAAUAUCUUAAGGCCUGAGAAUCCCACCAUUGGGGAGAUGGAAGAUUUAGAACCUAGCAUAAACGCUUCUAAUUUGGAAAGGUUCCAACUGAAGAUAGCUCAACACGAAUUGUAUGAGGAUGGGGAACCGCUAGUGGACGAGAUUCUCAAAGAUAUGGCCACUAACAGCAUCCUACAUGUAGAGCAAAAAGAGGGAGGCACGCAGUUGAAACUUAUUAUUGACUACCCUAAUGGCGUCCAAGCGCUCUUCAAGCCGAUGAGAUUUGCUCGUGAUGUGCAGACGUUGCCGAAUCAUUUUUAUUUUUCUGACUACGAGCGACACAAUGCUGAGAUAGCAGCGUUUCACCUGGACAGGAUACUCGGUUUCCGUCGCGCGAUGCCGGUCGUGGGCCGAGUCCUCAAUAUGACGACAGAGAUCUACGAUGUAACUGAAGGUGACAUUCUAAAGACCUUCUUCGUUUCACCGGCAAACAACUUCUGCUUCCACGGCAAAUGUUCCUACUACUGCGACACUGGCCACGCAAUCUGUGGCAACCCUGACAUGCUCGAGGGCAGUUUUGCAGCGUUUCUUCCCUCAUCCGAUAUCGCGGAACGAAAGGUUUGGCGACACCCGUGGAGAAGAUCCUACCACAAGCGAAGAAAAGCUCCGUGGGAACUACAAUCUGACUAUUGUGACACAGUCCGCACCACUCCUCCUUAUGACUCAGGUCGUCGGAUGCUCGACCUCAUGGACAUGUCCAUCUAUGACUUCCUCUCCGGGAACAUGGACAGACAUCACUACGAGACUUUUAAAAUGUUCGGGAACGAGACGUUCACAUUGCAUCUGGACCAAGGGCGUGCGUUCGGCAAGGCGUUCCAUGAUGAACUGAGCAUCUUGGCGCCGCUGCUGCAGUGCUGCCUUGUGAGGCAUACUACCCUCUCCUUGUUGCUGAAGUUCCACAACGGUGUUCCUCUAUCAAAAGUUCUCCGUGAAUCAUUAAAGCUAGAUCCAGUCAACCCCAUACUGUGGGAGCCACAUCUCGUCGCUCUAGACCGACGUGUGCUCAUCAUACUUGACGCUAUAAGAAAUUGCGUCAACAAGGCCGAGUCGCCCCUACAAAACGAGGUGAACGAUUUUGUAUGACCGGUCACACCUAUAAUAUGCUACGGGACUCAUAGAAACGGUCUAAUGAGUUGAAGUGUAUGUGAUAUAUGAUUGUACGGACAAUUAAAGGGAUGGUGCAAUCUGUGAAAAUGACUAGCUAGUCGAACUCUCUCAUAAUCCGUGACUUAAGACAAACUUAGAUAUAAGAGAAGUUGUAAUCAAUGCAAAACGUAUCGUUAUCACCUUUGUCUUUGGUUCUGUCUACAAGACUUUUAUUAGACGUAAGAUUUUAGUGCCAAAGAUUGUCCAAAUGAUUUUUUGAGAUAAACAGAAUAUAUUUUAGAACCAUUCCACUGGAUUUUGAUGAGCCAUUGUAUGCCAAAUAUAUAGGGGAAUUGUAAAUUGAUUUUACUAACAUCAGCGGUUAUCGGUUUCGUUGUCUAAAAUUGAACAGUAUUGAAGAGUUAGUGUACUAGAUAUAAUAAUUUUAUUUGUUCUUUCUGUAUAUUUUGGAUAAUGUUAAUGAGUAUUUCUGGGCUCAGACGAGACUUAUUUAAAAGGGUGUGCAAUGUUACUGUACAUAAUAUUAAUGAAAUGCAGUUUAUGCUAAGUUUAGUUGUAUCAUCAUCCACUACCUUACUGCACAAGUUGUGAAUUCUGUUACCAUAGCUGAAGGCUCAAGAAGAGACAUAUCAUAUAUAAGCCCGUGUGAUAAGCACAGACGUUGUCUGACACUAUUUGUUAAGUUUUUAUUUGAGGCUAUAUAUAAAUCAAUGCAAUACUUGCUUUUCUAUUUGUUACUAACUGAUAAGUUUCUCGCUAACAUAUUUCUCGUAGCUGAUCUCAUGUUUCAUACCUUCACUGGUUGGUUAUCAUCUUCAUUUAGCUUGUAAUGUAACUACGUACUAUAUCUGUGGAGAAAAUAUGAAAUCCUACAUAGCUUUUACUUUGAUUAAUUAGUCUAUUAGUUAAUUUGGAUCCGAUAGUUAAGAUAAUAUGACGGAAUAGUUAAGGUGAGACCUAUAUUUAUUUUAAUCGUGGUUUUAGUGUAAAUUAGCGUGUAAAAUGGGGUGUGACUGUUACAUAUACCGGGGGUUACAAGAAGUCGACUUGCCAAAGACGUACCUAAAAAUUUAUGUAAAAAUGUGUUGUAUAGCGAAUUGUGAUGUUUGAAUGUAUGCUUCUGUUGGUUGUUUAUAAAUUAAAAGGUUACAUGAUUGAA